AUGAGCUUCAAUGGAGACAUAGGGAAGUCUAGGCUGUUACCGGAUGACCAGCAGCUAGUGGGAAACGCUAGCGUUCAACCGCCGCCGGAGGUAAUGCCCCUUUUCGGUGCGUUGGGCUAUUCGAACUAUGCUCCUAACUUGGGCAAUUUGUUCACAUGGGGUCCAUUCGACUGCCUUGAUGAUCCGCAAUAUAAUGCUUCCCUCAACAGCGGCGCUGGAUUCAAUGGUUUGGACUCGCUCUGUCAUCAAAUUCCACUCCCACUUGAACCUCCUUCGAUUUUACAAACGCCCAGGUCGAGCACACCUAUUGAACCAGCUACGCUACGGUCACUGCCUACUCCCGCGGAAGAAAUUCAUCAAUCUUCCCAAACCGCAGCGCAUGUACCAAAUGAUCCCACAGUAUCUAGCUCUACAUCUUCUAGAGGGGAUCUGGAUUCCCAUUCUGAGGAUGAUUUACUGAUCGCAGAAAACUUCUUCCAUGUUGGUGCCAUACGUAAUGAAACGUAUGAAAAGAUUCAGAGCUUCUAUCUGUCUCAGACGGACAUCUGUUUCAAGGAGUUGGCUUUUCCCGACGUCAACCGCCUCAAUUGUCUUGUUCAGCUGUAUUUUGAGUAUUUCCAUGCACAGAUGCCAUUUAUACAUCCAAUAAUGCUCGAAAGCGACGGCUCGUGGGUUCUAGUGCUUGCCGUGGCGGUUAUUGGGAGCCAAUAUACUAGAAUGGCUAUGGGUAGACAGUACAUCAUCGUUCUCUCCGAACUCUUACGUCGUGCGAUCCCUCUUGAUGCUAUGAAAGCGCUGCAAUUCGAUGCAGUGACCCUGGCGCAAUCAACUUUGCUGCUCAAUGUUAACCUUGUGUUCAAUGGUUUCCGAGACAAUAUCAUCAAUUUGCAGUUUCUACGGACCUGGCUGGCUACACUCAUCCGCCCUUUUCUUAAACCCCACAGCAAAAGAGAUUCUGCCUUGCUGGAUGUCUCCCGAACUGUGAAUAUCCACGGCCGAUGGCAUGCAUGGCUCCAAGCAGAAGCCCACACCCGGCUAGUAUAUGCGUUUUUCCUGCUCGACUCGUUCUGUGUCAUAUUUCAUGAUAUGCAACCAAGCUAUACGAUAGAUGAUUUUGAGCACAGACUCCCAUAUCCAGAUGAACUCUGGAGCAGCCAGGAUGCUCACUCCUGGGCGUCGCAUCUCCAAUCCUGCCAGGAGACACCAGCGAUCACUAUAAGAGAAUUUCUGUCGCCUAGCUGUAGUAAUGACCUCUCUCUUGAACAACUACCCUGGUUCAACAGAUUAACAGUACUACUUGGUCUUUUUGUCGGAGAGAAGCAAGCUGUCAAUGCGUCUCAGUGUUCUGCUCGCUUUCUAGUGCCUAGCGGUAAUCCCUGCACGUUGCCGUACUUGCAGGAGACGCCCAACUCAUACUCAAGCCUGGAUUCCAGAUACCAACUCUUAGAGCCGAACUGCACACUAGCAAAGUCAGUGCCCGCUUUCGCUGACUGCUUCAAUAUCUGCUAUCAUUUAAUUUCCAUCUUUAGAUACACUUCUAUACGGGAUAUACUUGCUUACACCGGGUGGCUUGUUACUACUGUGGAGAGUAUCGCUGCCGGGAAUCGCAUCGCUCAAAUGAUGGAGAAAGACACGGAACGUGCGCGUAAAUGUGUAGUACAUGCUGGUGCAAUAAUUAGGGAGCUUCGUGGUGUCUCAGCUCCUGCCUGUUACCAUUGUUUCAGUCUCCUAUUUGCGUUCCUAUAUUUAUGGGUCUAUGAGCGGUUCCAAGCCGGCACUACUACAGAAAUGCGUCAUUCAGACCGGUCUUCGCCAUAUAGGCUGUUAAGGAUCGACCGUGACCCCGAUCCAGUGCUGGAGAAACAGUGGAUUGCUGGCGAUGCCGACUGUCGACCUUACUAA